AUGGCGUCGUCGACGGUAGCCGACCUCUGUUUGGACGGCUGUGAACGAGCUUCAGCGGGGGCAGAACUCUUGCGACGCGGCGUCGUGGUUGCUGUCAAGGAUGCGUCGUCGCCGGUGAAGGCUGCAGAGGAGCCUGUUUGCAUUCGAUCCUUGGCGGAGCUGCUCGAGAAGCGUUCAGCUGAAGCUGCGCGUUGUGCCAGCGAUUUGUCCAAUGAGGCAGCCGAGAGGGUAGCCUUCAUCUUGGCCGAGGCUUCUGAUCUUGCGGUACUGGGUCUGCGCGAAUUGAGUGCAGAGGAAGACGGAGAGGUGGACGCCAGACGGUCUGACCUGUCGGAAGCGGUUGAGCUGGCCGAGACGCAUCGCGAUGUUUGGGAAGCGUCGUUGAGGGGAGAGGGCGAGGCAUGUGCCGAAAGCUUGUGGUCUGGCGAGGGCAUGUGCGAGGAAUUGGCUUCGGCUCCAUCUUGCGACCGACUGCGCCGGUGGGGCGCGCCCGUGGAUGUUGAUGACACUGGCAUCGUUGUGGUGGCGAGCUUCAAGAUUGCGCGGGAUGCGGGGUGUGGGCGUAUGGGACCAGAUCUGACGAUGCUUUGCAAUGCGGAAAAGAGCGGCGAAAGCUGUCCAGCCGCGGCAGAAUGUGGGAUAUGA